AUGAAGCCCAGUAGCCGCCUCGUUUCCGUGUCCGCAGUACUGCUGGCUUGGACGGGCUCCGCACUCGCCGACGAUACCAUCAGCGGCACAAAGAUCAAAGUGCAGCUUUUUGCUGCGCCGUCGUUCCUCAGCGAAGUCAGUGUCGACGCCGGCGACGAAAACCUGGAUCAGUUUCUCACUAUUUCCGAUGGCGCGAAUAACCUCGGGAGUGUUGGUUGGGGGACAAAGAUACAUGGGUUGAAGUGCAGUAAUAAGGAGCACGAGGACGACUGA